UAUUUUCAAGGAGUAGAAGAAGCAAUUUGUCGUAACAUAGAAGCUUGUGUCCAGCUGGCAGAUACUUUAAAAACAACUUAUGGUCCCUAUGGUAUGAAUAAACUCAUCAUAAAUCACCUUGAAAAAAUGUUUGUUACUAGUGAUGCUGCUGUAAUAAUGAAUGAAUUAGAAAUUCAGCAUCCUGCUGCAAAGUUGGUAGUCCAUGCAUCAGACAUGCAAGAAAGAGAAGUUGGAGACGGAACAAGUUUAGUAAUUAUUUUGACUGGGGCUCUACUUAAAAAUGCUGAAGAGCUUCUGCGUAUGGGAUUAGCUCCUUCUGAAAUCAUUAAAGGGUAUGAACUAGCAGCAGAUAAAACUCUUGAGAUAUUGCCCAAUCUUAUGUGCACAGAAGUAAAAGAUUGUUCUAAUGAAGAUGAUGCAGUGAAAGGUAUAAGAGCAUCAUUAAUGAGCAAAGCUUAUGGCAAUGAGGAUUUCUUAGCUAGACUCAUCGCUAAAGCUUGCAUCUUGGUCAAACCGCCGAAAUCAGAUUUCAAUGUUGAUAAUGUUAGAGUUACUAAAAUUCUGGGAUGUGGAAUCGAUUCUUCUACCAUUGUUGAAGGCAUGGUUUUUAAAAGAUUGGUUGAAGGAGACAUUCAGAAAAUUACUGAUGCAAAAGUAGCUGUUUACACUUGUCCUUUUGAUUUCGCACAGACUGAAACAAAGGGCACAGUAUUGAUUAAAUCAGCUAACGAGCUAUUGAACUAUAGUAGAGGAGAAGAACAAUUAUUAGAACAGCAAGUAAAGGAAAUUGUUGAUGCUGGUAUUAAUGUAGUAGUGUCUGGUGGAAAGUUUGGUGAUAUGGCUCUUCACUAUCUCAAUAAAUACAAAGUGAUGGCAGUUCGUCUCCCUUCCAAAUUCGAUGUCAGGCGUUUGUGUAAAACUGUUGGAGCUAUUGCCUUACCUAAAAUGGUAACUCCCACAAAAGAAGAAACAGGUUUUUGUAAUCAAGUGUAUGUGGCUGAAAUUGGUGACACCAGUGUUGUCAUAUUUAAGCAAGAUAAUAAACAAUCCCGAAUAUCAACAAUUGUCAUUAGAGGAUCUACUGAAAGUCUAAUGGAUGAAGUGAGUCGUGCCAUUGACGAUGGUGUCAAUAAUUUUAAAGCUCUAUCACAGGAUGGUAAAUUAGUUCCUGGUGCUGGGGCUACGGAAAUUGAACUGGCGAAACAAAUAACCAAGUACGGCGAGACUCUCCCUGGUUUAGAACAAUACUCUGUCAAAAAAUUUGCCGAAGCUCUGGAAUCCUUGCCUAAAGCAUUAGCUGAUAAUGCUGGAUUAAAAUCAAACGAAGUCAUUUCCAAGCUUUAUGCAGCUCACCAGGAAGGAAACAGAAGUAUUGGUGUUGAUGUUGAAGGUGAACAACAUGUGGUCAAUGUUGAAGAGGCUGGAAUUUUAGAUCUUUACAUUACCAAACAUUGGGCUAUAAAAAAUGCUGCAAACGUUGCAACAACAAUUUUGAAAGUUGAUCUUAUUAUUAUGUCGAAACCUGCUGGAGGACCUAAAGCUAGAGAGGCAGGAAAUGUUGACCCUGAUGAUGAUUGAUAAGAAGCAGUGCAUAGAACUACUUAAUUGAGAAAAAAAAUUUCAUGUGUAUAUUUUUUGCUGUGGCAAGCUGGGCUUCAUUAACCACGAUACGAACAUAUGUACCAUUUUUUUAUCAAUAUUUUGCAUUGAAAGCUUCAUUAAAAAGAAAAGUGUUUAAAUUGUAAAAACUAAACAUUAAUAAAACAUGUAUAAGACCACAA